AUGGCGCGAGAGUAUCUCUACCUUACCUCCUCGGCCGUCCUGGGGAGUUACAUCCUCUGGACCGCCGCCGAGACGUACCUCCGCUGGAGCCACGGCUCCCAUCUCACGUCUUCCGACACUCGCGCCUACGCUCACCCCGUGCUUGCCGCUCUCCUCGUUAUCCCGGCUCUGAUUCUGUACAACAAGGCCUCAUAUCUCUUCAAAAUGAGAGCCCGCAACUGCGGCGAGGUGCCCGUGUAUCCACACAUGGAUCCGAUUUUCGGCAGCGACUGGGUGCGGGCUUCGCUCGCGCGGCAGCGCGACCACGGCCUGCUUGAAUGGUGGCAGACCGUGUUCGACAAGCUGGGCCACACGUGGUGGUUCAAGACCCCGACGGCGUGGAUGCUCAUGACGAGCGAACCGGAGAACCUCAAAGCGAUCUUGGCGAGCUCCUUUGAGGACUUUCCAAUCACGGGCCCGCGGAGGGAGGCGGUGCUGCCGAUUUUGGGGCCGGAUGCCAUCUUCGUGGCCAACGGAGAAGGGUGGCACGGGGCAAGGGCGAUGAUGAGGCCGACCUUUGUGAGGAACCAGAUUGCCGAUUUGAAAUGCUUUGAAAGGCAUGUCGGGGACUUGAUCGGAAGGAUCCCGAAGGAUGGCGGGACGGUGGAUUUGCAGGCAUUGCUGUACAUGAUGACUAUGGACUCGGCGACAGACUUUAUGCACGACGAUCUACUGGUUGGCUGUACUGACCAGGACGACAGGUUUGGCCAUUCGACGGACAUGCUCACGACGCCGUCCCUCGAAGCCCGCGAGUUCACCUCAACCUUUGAGUACAUCACCACCCGCUCGGCGAUCCGCUCGCGUCUCGGCCUUCUCACCUUCUUCGGCAACGACAAGAAGUGGGAAGACGGGCUCAAGACCAUCAACCGCUUCUGCGACACUUACGUCGAGCGCGUGCGUGCCGAUCUCGAGGCCAACGAGAAGAAGGCGAACAAGGAGGACCCGGAGCGGGGCUACGUGUUCCUAAACGAGAUGAUGGCGCAGCCCGGUAUGACGCCAGCGUACGUUCGCGCGCAGUUGUUGUCCAUGAUUCUCGCGGGGCGCGACACGACGGCCUCGACGCUCUCGGCGCUGUUUUGGAUCCUGGCGCGAAGGGGCGACGUUGUGAAGAGGCUGAGGGACGAGGUCGAGGGGCUGCAGGGGAGGAAGCCGACGUGGGAGGAGAUGAAGGACAUGAAGUACCUCAACAUGGUGCUCAAGGAGAUCUUGCGAUUGUACCCGACUGUGUCGACCAUGUCACGUGGCACGGCGCGGGAUACCACGCUCCCUGUGGGCGGCGGGCCUGACGGCAAAUCGCCCAUCUUCGUCCCGAAAGGCACAACCGUGCGGUGGUCUACCUUCCGUGUUCACCGGAGGAAGGACCUGUAUGGCGAGGAUGCGGACGAGUUCCGCCCCGAGCGCUGGGAGGAGAGGCGGCCUUCGUGGGAUUACAUCCCAUUCUCUGGCGGUCCCCGGAUAUGUAUCGGCCAGCAGUUCGCGCUGACGCAGAUGAGUUACUUCGUGGUGAGGAUCCUGCAGACGUUCAAGGAGAUCUCGCCGAGGGACGACAGGCCGUUGCAGCAGAUCGUGGGGAUCACGACAAAGCUGCCAAACGAUGUGCUGCUGAGUUUUACACCGGCUUAG